GAGAAGACGUUACAUUUUAUUCAUUUCUCAAUGUUGAGUCUUCAGCCACUGAAAAAGAAAUUGCAAGGGCAUACAGGAAACUUUCUUUGGCUUUGCAUCCCGAUAAAAACCCCGAUGCAAAUAGUAAAGAAAGGUUCGCACUAUUAGGGUCUAUUGCAUCAAUAUUACGUAAUCAGGAAUCCCGAGAACGCUAUAAUUUCUUUUACAAAAACGGCGUACCAAAAUGGCGCGGAACCGGUUGGUACUACAAACGUUAUCGACCAGGUCUUACCGGGGUUCUUAUUGGUCUAUUUGUGCUGUGCUCGUUCUUGCAUUAUGUUGUGAUGUGGAUAAACUUCUAUCAAGAAAAAAAGAGAAUGCGCUUUUUCAUUCAAGAGGCAAGGGAAAUCGCUUGGGGUAAACGAAUGAAAAAGCAAAAUGCCAGGAAGAGAGUUAAUGUGAACGACAAACAAUUCAUUGUGGAUGGUGAUAAUGUCGCAUUUCUCACUGACGAAGGGGAGGAGUUUUUGUUGGGCGAAGAUAAGGUCGCCAAACCAUGUUUCAGAGAUCUGUUCCCGGUAUUGAUUUGUAAGACAACCCUAGAGAAAAUUUUAACCUUGUUAAGACUUAAGAGUAAAUCUAUCAACGGAAUGGAAAUUCCUAUUGACGGCAAAGAACCAUUCUCCAGUGACGAUGAACGUAGCGAGGCGGGUGAUCAUCCAAAGGGCAAAGCACGUCGGCGUAAAUUAGAUAGAAAAGCAAAGUCAAAUAUAUAA